AUGCUAUCUAUUGUUGUAAGUGAACGUAAUAAAUCAAUUUUAUUACUUGAUACUUUUCACUAUACACAAGAUAAAAUUUUAAGCAUAACUAUUUAUUGGAAAUGUGAAAAUCGUUCAUGUCCUGGACGUGUUAUACAAUAUAGAUCAAAUUCAUCAAGCAUGAAGAAAUCACAUAAUCGUGAUGGUGAUGAAAUGAAAGAAUGGAUGGAAAAAUAUCGAAAGGAAAAAUGUUGA